CAAGACCGUUGUAUUUAUUUUGUUGUUCAGAUUGUCCCAGCUGUGGCCAGUGGGAGUUCUUUUAGGCUGGCUUCUAUGUCCUUUGGAUUUUUUUCCUUUUUAAAGCCCUUUCUGGCUUAGGAAGAUGCUCCAAGAUCAUUUUGCACUUUCUCUGACCCAACCCUAGAAUCAGCCAUUUCUCUAAGGAGCCCUGGUUCCAGAAACCCAGAUCUGGGUGCUGAGUUUACUUAUGGCUACUAGGAUGUCCCUGCUUUUGGGGGCAGGCGGAGCUAGGAAAUACGUGUGUGUGUGUGUGUGUCCCAACCCACUCACGCACACAUAUCUAUAUUUAUUUUUGUGUCUAUUAGAAAUAAACAUGUCAUGCUGAUAACCCCAGACUAGUACCACAUCGCUUAUUUGUAAUUUGAUUACCCAAUAGCAUGAAAUCUGGCUAUCAGUGUCUACAGCAUGUGUACUAUUUGUUCAAGGCUAGCCUAUAAGUAGAUCCAGAACGGUUAACCCCUGAGAAACAAGUUUACUGACUGUCAGUGCGGUGUUUCUGUACAAUGCCGAGACCACCUCUGAGCUGAGCAAACCAACCUAUGGCUGUGAGCUGGAGUCUGCCCUCUGGCCUCCGCUCUGAGACCGGGUGACUGCUCUGGUCACUGGCCAUGCCCAGCUUCCUCGGGGCGGUGGCCCAUGGAGCCGGGGCUGCUGCGGCCCGCGCCUGUGAGCGAGCUCAUCGUCCUGCACUACAACUACACCGGCAAGCUCCGCGGCGCGCGCUACCAGCCAGGCGCGGGGCUGCGCGCCGACGCCGCCGUGUGCCUGGCCGUGUGCGCGCUCAUCGUGCUGGAGAACCUGGCGGUGCUGUUCGUGCUGGGGCGCCACCCGCGCUUCCACGCGCCCAUGUUCCUGCUCCUGGGCAGCCUCACGUUGUCUGACCUGCUGUCGGGCGCUGCCUAUGCCGCCAACAUCCUGCUGUCCGGGCCGCUCACGCUGCGCCUGUCGCCCGCGCUCUGGUUCGCCAGGGAGGGCGGCGUCUUCGUGGCGCUCGCCGCCUCGGUGCUCAGCCUCCUGGCCAUCGCGCUGGAGCGCAGCCUCACCAUGGCGCGCCGGGGGCCGGCGCCCGCGGCCCGGAGGGGGCGCACGCUGGCGCUGGCGGCCGCCGCCUGGGGCCUGUCGCUGAUCCUCGGGCUGCUGCCGGCGAUGGGCUGGAACUGCCUGGGCCGCCUGGACGCCUGCUCCACCGUCCUGCCGCUCUACGCCAAAGCCUACGUGCUCUUCUGCGUGCUCGCCUUCCUGGGCAUCCUGGCUGCCAUCUGUGCGCUCUACGCGCGCAUCUACUGCCAAGUGCGCGCCAACGCGCGGCGCCUGCGAGCUGCCGGCGGCUCCUCCAGGCGGGCGCGCCGCGCGCCGCGCUCCCUGGCGCUGCUGCGCACCCUCAGCAUCGUGCUCCUGGCCUUCGUGGCGUGCUGGGGCCCCCUCUUCCUGCUGCUCCUGCUGGACGUGGCGUGCCCGGCGCGCGCCUGCCCCGUGCUCCUGCAGGCCGAUCCCUUCCUGGGCCUGGCCAUGGCCAACUCUCUUCUGAACCCCAUCAUCUACACGCUCACCAACCGCGACCUGCGCCACGGGCUCCUGCGCCUCGUCUGCUGCGGCCGGCGCCCCCGGGGCCGGAGCUCCGGAGCCUCCCAGCGCUCUGCGAGCGCCGCUGGGGCUUCGGACGGCCUGCACCACUGGCUGCCUCCCAGCCUGGACGGCAGCUCCAGCCGCUCGGAGCGCUCGUUGCCCCAGCGGGACGGGCUGGACAUAAGCCUCCCCACCGGCGCACUCACAGCCCCGGGGACCCUGGUACCUGCACCAGCCGCAGAAUGACCCCCUCUCACCCGCCAUUGCCCUUCCCAAGAGCUGUUUGCAGAUUUUUUUCUUUUUUAAAUAACGGACUCUAUAGGAAAACCAGCCGAAGAUGGUGCAGAAAGAAGACGCAGGGAAAGGUAUUUUACUGGCUGGUGCUAAACCCCACAACAGUGAACAAGAAUGACAAAAAUCACCGUCUUGGUGGGGUUGCCGUUCUGGUGGGACACAGGAGACAAUGGAGUGGAGAAAUCAUGGAGAUGGUUCCAGUGACAAUACAGUGGUGUGAUGGUGUCAGAGGAGGCCUCUGCAGAGGCGGUGACACGUGAUGUGAACCAAGACAUGACUGUCCUGAAACACACGGAGCAAGAGCAUUUCCUGCGAGGGAACAGCAGGUGCCGAGGCCCCGAGGCUGCGGUGUGUCUGGGUUCUAGGACAAGCAGGGACCCAGGUGUGGCUGGGGCUGUGGUGGAGGGGAGAGGGGAGAAGACAAAGGCAGGGAGACCACUGGCCAGAUCACUCAGAGUCUGUGGGCUCAGAGGCGGACGGUCCUUCUGCUCUGAGUGAGGUGGGAGCCAUGGAGGGUUCUAGAUAAGGGAAGGCCUUGACUUGGUCCCGGUGUUCACAGAUCUCUGGGCGAGGCACAGGUGGUAGCUGGAAGAACAAGGUGGUGGCUGUGCUGGCCAAGGAGGGUGACGACGGAGACUCAGGCCGUGUGGGUUCUGGGUAGAUUUUGGAAACAGCGGACAGGAUUACUGAGGAAGUGAGUGUGGGAGUGAGAUGGGAGUCAAGGACAGCGCUCCAGUUUAGAGGCGAGAGCACCAAAGACAGGGCACUCUACCAUUUGACUCUGGGAGACUCAGCCAAUUCUUAACUGGAACAAGGUGUGAGCGUGUCAGGCCCUUCAUAAAAA